AUGUCAGGGGACCUGGAAGCCAAGAUCUGUGGCUACACACAUAUCAGUGUUCAGAAAUUCUGCUACAAGUGGACCAUUAGCAACUUUUCAUUUUGCAUGGAUGGAAUUUGGGAAAUUAUUACAAGCCCAGUGUUCUCAUUAGAGGCCAAUGAAGAAGUACAAUGGUGUUUGAAAAUAUUCCCAAAUGGUGUUGAUGAAGAAAGCAAAGAUUACCUGUCUGUUUCCCUGGGUUUGCACAGUUGUCCAAAGAGCCCAGUUUUGGCAAAGGUGCAGUUCUGGAUCAUAAAUGCCCAAGGAGAGAAACAUCAAACUAAAGAGAUCCCAAAUAUUUUAAGGUUUCUUCCAAAACAACAAUGGGGAUUGAGAAAGUUCAUCCUUCGAGAUUUCCUCCUCUCCCUUAGGCAUUGGCUUCUCCCUGAAGACCAGCUCAUCCUGUGUUGCAAGGUGUCUGUAGUAGGACCCUCCUUUAGCAGGCCUGGACAUAACAUGACACCUGCAAACAAGGAUCCAAGGCAGAUGUUGGCUGAUGACGUAGGAGAGCUGUGGGAAAAUUCCCUCUUCACAGACUGCAGCCUGGUUGUAGCUGGCCAGGAAUUCAGAGCUCACAAGGCCAUUCUAGCAGCUCGUUCUCCAGUUUUCAGAGCCGUGUUUGAACAUGAAAUGCUAGAGAGCCUAACAAACCGCGUUGAGAUCCAUGACAUUCACCUGCAAGUCUUUAAGGAAAUGAUGGCCUUCAUUUACACAGGAAAGGCACCACACCUCCACAGCUAA